ACUUGCUGCUGCAGCAGAGCGAUGUGUUAAACCUCUCCGUCAAAACAGAGCUAGAAAAACAUUCACUUUCUCCAAGGUUUUGUUUUCAUUUACGAAUGGUGAACUAUUCUGUCGAGUUUUUAUCGAACAGUAACAUUUUCAGUUGUCAAAAAGGACCGAAAGACCCGUGUUUCCUCGAAGCUAUCAUGCUGAACACAGAGGAAAGUUCCUGGUUAUCGGGGCCACGGCUCCCCGGCUCCAACCCUCAGUCUCCGGGGCCUCAGUGGUGCUCCGAUGCCCCUCACCCACAGUUAAAGAUCCCGGGUGGGCGAGGGACUGUCAGGGAUCACUCCGUCGGGGUGCAGCUACACAAGGAUGAGAAGUUGACAGUAACGCAGGCCAAUACAGCGAGUGGGACCCCCUCUUUUCUACGCUUCCAGUACCAGCUGAAUGAGCGCCGCUCAGCCUCCUGGGAUACGUUUCUAUCAAGAGGCAGCCUCUUCCUGGAGAUCCCCGCCGGGGCGCUGGUGGACGGGAGCAAAGAAGGGCUGACGGCGCUGCUGGAGUUUGUGGAGGAGAAGCUGAAAGUUAGCUACGUGUUCCUGUGGUUCCAUAAAAACAGAGAGGAUCGAUCGGCCAUCAUCAGGACGUUCCACUAUAUGGGCUUUGAGAUGGUGAAGCCGGGACACCCCAUGGUACCGGCCCGGCUUGAUCUGGCCUUCAUGGUUUACUCUCUGGAGAACAGCAGCUCAGACGAGGAGUGACCGACACCCCCUGACAACUCCCUCUCUCACCCUACAGCCCCCCCCCAUAGAAACACACCUUCUGCCUGUUUUUCUCCUUUCGAUCUGACACAAACGUCCCACAGAGUCACUGACUGGGAGGUGUCACCUUUUUUUUUUAAUAGACUUGUGAUGAAGGGGGGGCAGAUUUCUAUGUGACGAGGAAAUCUGCAGAUGGGAUACACAGGGAGCGACGGAGAUUGAACUAAGCCAUCACGUGCAUCUUGGGAUUUGGGCUUUUUCUUGACUUUUCCUGCCGCUGAGUGGCUCCUCUCUUGGAUAUAUCUCUCCUGACAGCUCUGACCGUUUGAUGAGAAAUGAGACUUUGUGUGCGCUAUGUCCUGCAAGCUGUGUUCGGUAGGGAUAAAAAGAGGGAAUUAUGGAUUAUUAAAAUGAUGUUUUACUUCAUAGAAAAGAUGGGUGAUGCAUUUUACAUUAGAGCCCAUGUUAGUAUUACUCUUCCUCCUGACUCAUGUUUAGGCAUCAUUCCAGCACCUUUUGGUCUAUUUCAAGCUUUUUAGCCACAAGAAAACCCUGUUAGUCCGUCUAAAGGUAUGAAAACCACCCUGUUAGUGAGUCGCAACACGCUCGUCGAGGUCAACCGCCCCCCUCCUCCUCUUGGCGAUAAUCAACCUGUCACUCAGACGGGAGGAAGAGGAGAGCGGUCUCUGUUUGGUUUCCCCUUCACACUGAAACCGGCGCUUCGAGUUGCUUUGUUUUUUUUCAAAGAUUGUAAUCUUAAUAAUUACAGUUACUUUGCAUUUUAAAUACAUCAUGUUUUAAUCUUGUGAAGCCCCGGUUUGGGCCUCAUGUAUUUUCAUUACAUCACAUUUAGCGUUAAACAUCUUCUUCUAGUUCCAUUUUGUAUUGAUGGAGUGAAAGCAGGAAAUACAUUUAAGCCCUUUCCAUACAGCACAGAAAACACAUUGUAUGUAAAAAUAUACAUUUAGGAAUGCGAAAGACACAAACUGGGGCUUCAUUCAGCCUGUAGAAUCUUCUCAGUCGAACGCUCGGUUGAAACGAGGCUUUUUGUGCCUAAAGAGAAGAGUGCAAUGUUCACAUUUUUUACUGUAGAGUCUUAUUGAGGAAUGUGUCUAUUUUAUUUGAUCCCAUGCUGAUUCAGACCUUUGUGAGGAAAAGGAGCUCCUUGUAGAGGUACAACAGGAGCAGGUGAAUACCAUAUAUGCAAUAAGAGUAACGCCAAAGAAUCCGAUGUCUGUAAACACCCGGUUCAAUAUCCAGCUGAUGUAAGCCUAUGGUAUGUAAAGCAAUAUUAACCUACAUUCCCCAGAGUAGUCUCUUCCAUAUUGGUGUUGGGAUAGUGUGUGUGUGGGCGGGGGGAGGUGGUGCUUUUUCUUCUUCUGCAUGUCUUCACAUCAUACAAGUCUUCUUUGCUACUGAUUGAGCCCCCAACUAUAAGCUGUUAGGAAAUGUCAAUAAAUGAAUUUUCUCAGAGGUAUAUUUUUAUCUAUGUAUAUUUCUCUAAUGUUUACUGUGAUAGAUUAGGGAUUUUUUUUGUCCUCAGUGACAUAGCUAGCCACCAUUUAAUGACAAUCCACUAUUGUAUACUCUGGAUUUUUUUUGUCUUGGGGAAAAAACAAUAAAAGUUGUUAUCCUAA